GCUCAGUGGACAAUCCAGGAAGAGGAGACAGCAGUCUUAUUAUUGAAGCAGAGCUAAGUGAUCUGCAAACUGACGCUGCAGGUAAACAGAAAUGGGGCCCUUACCAGUAAGUCAACUCCUGCUGGCCCUGAUCUCACUGACUGUGGCACUGGAUAACGGUUUGCUGAAGACUCCACCCAUGGGAUGGAUGGCCUGGGAACGCUUCCGCUGUGAUAUUAACUGUAUAGAUGAUCCAAAGAACUGCAUCAGUGAGAGUCUGUUCAGAGACAUGGCAGACCGGCUGGUUGAGGACGGCUGGAAGGAGCUGGGCUAUGAAUAUGUAAUCAUAGAUGACUGCUGGAUGUCCAGGCUGAGAGAUGAGCAGGGGAGGCUGCAGCCUGAAUCUUUUAGGUUUCCAGGAGGUAUUCCAAAACUUGCAAGGUAUAUCCAUGACCGAGGACUGAAGCUGGGCAUCUAUGCAGACAUGGGCAAUUAUACAUGUAUGGGCUAUCCUGGCACCACACUGGAUAACAUUGAGAUUGAUGCCCAGACCUUUGCUAGCUGGGGGGUAGACUAUCUGAAGUUUGAUGGGUGUAACUCAAAUCCUGUUGAACAAAUGCUGGGUUACCCUUUAAUGUCCAAGGCUUUGAACGCUACAGGCAGGCCUAUGGUCUACUCCUGUAGUUGGCCUGUCUAUCAGGGAGGACUUCCACCUAAUGUGAACUACACUCUGCUGGGGGAUAUUUGUCACCUGUGGAGGAAUUACGAUGAUAUCCAGGACUCAUGGGAUAGUCUGCAAAGCAUCAUCGAUUGGUUCUCCAACAACCAGGAUGAUCUGCAGCCAAUCGCAGGACCUGGACGAUGGAAUGACCCUGAUAUGCUCAUCAUUGGAAACUUUGGUCUCAGUCUGGACCAGGCUCGCUCUCAGAUGGCUAUAUGGGCUAUAAUGGCUUCACCUCUCAUCAUGUCUAAUGACCUUCGUAACCUGGACAACAGCGCAGGGGCCAUCCUGCAAAACAAAGUGGCCAUCGGCAUCAAUCAGGACCCCUUGGGUAUCCAGGGUAGACGCCUGCUGAAGGAGAAGAGUCAGAUUGAGGUGUACUGGAGGCCUCUGGUUGGGUCAACCAGUGCCCUUGUCUUCCUGAGUCGACGGACAGACAUGCCCUACCGCUACCACACCUCUCUGGCUAAACUCAACUAUGAUGCUGGCAACUAUAGGGCCUAUGAUGUAUUUGGUGGCUCCUUGGUGAAGGGGUUGAAUGCCACAACAGAGCUGACACUGUCCAUUAAUCCAUCAGGUGUUGUCAUGUGGUACGUCUAUCAAGAAACACAGUACAAAGAAGAGACUGAGACACUCCACAAAGCUAAACAUGGUCACCAUACUUUCUUAUGAAGGGAUUUUAUAGAAUAUUUGAACAAGCCAGAGAUUCUUUUACACUUAUGUAUGUUAUCAUGAAACCAAACAUCAAAUUGUUAGCUUGAGUUCUUUUAAUUGUUAUACAGUGCUUUUUUGUUUUCAAGGAACAAGAUGUUUUUUAUUGUUGUCAUGUUUAUGAUGUUUGUCUCAGGAAAUAAUAGUUUUGCCUUCAUAUACAUGAUUGUAAUGUCUGACAGAACAAAUCCAAAUUAAGAUCCAAAUCAAUUCCAGCGUAAAGGACAUCUUUGAAUGUAACAGUGCUAAUCAGAAAUCCUCAAAAGGUAGAGUAAGAAGUGAAACAGUAUGGAACUGUCUGUUUCAUGCACUUUUUAUAUAAUGUUUGUUAAAUUCUAUGUAGGCAUAGUUGAGAUUAUUUAAAUCUGGACUGUUAAAAUUGACAUAUUCUUUUAGUAAUGAGUAUAUACUGUUAAGGGGUUAAAUUUGACAGCUGUAAAAACACCUUAUACACAUAAAUGAUAUAAACAUUCAGACUCUGUGAUGUUACAGUGGCUCACCACUGAUAGGCAGCACAGACUGAAAAGUACCCUCUGAGGUUUAGACUGCACCUCUCUUGAGACUGCUGGUCUGCUGCCUCCAACUACAGCUCAGAGUGAUAUUAGGUUUGGAUUGUGUUGGGAAAGUUUGUUUAAGCUUUUUAUCAGAUAAAGUUUGAUCUAUAGUGUAGUUUCACAGGGCUGAAUAUGAGAUGAAUGUUAUUGGUUUUAGUGGAAAAUGAAACAUAUUUAUUGAUGUCGUCAUGAUAAAUAAAAGUGUUACAACUUUCA